CAGCGGAGACCGCUCCGCGGGAGGAAGGAGCGCGGGCCUUGACCGGCGUCGGCCCGUCACCUCCGCCCGCCGCGUCUGCGCCUGUGUCUGAAACCUCUGGCCCGGCCGGUCCCGGUCUGGCCCGCCCGGGCUCAGCGGCCGCGGGCUGCGGCUCCCGAUGGAAAUUAUAUGACAGAAUAUUUGGGGUGACAUUUUCAAAGAUCUUCAAGAAUUCAGAAGACAAAAAACACUAAUGCAUUUGAGAAAGUGGUAAAGUUUGGGGGGAGGGAAAAAAACUGCUUUCCUGAUCUGCAACUUGGCUGGAUGCUAAGAUGUCUGUGGACAUGAAUAGCCAGGGGUCUGACAGCAAUGAAGAGGACUAUGACCCAAAUUGUGAGGAGGAAGAAGAGGAUGAGGACCCUGGGGACAUAGAGGACUAUUACGUGGGAGUAGCCAGCGAUGUGGAGCAGCAGGGGGCCGACGCCUUUGAUCCUGAGGAGUACCAGUUCACCUGUUUGACCUACAAGGAGUCGGAGGGUGCCCUCAAUGAGCACAUGACCAGCUUAGCCUCUGUCCUGAAGGUAUCUCAUUCAGUUGCUAAACUUAUAUUAGUUAAUUUCCACUGGCAAGUUGCAGAGAUAUUGGACAGAUACAAGUCUAAUUCUGCUCAGCUGCUCGUUGAGGCUCGAGUUCAGCCCAGUCCCUCGAAACAUGUUCCCACGGCCCACCCCCCUCACCACUGCGCAGUGUGUAUGCAGUUUGUGCGGAAGGAAAACCUACUUUCUCUGGCCUGUCAGCACCAGUUUUGCCGUAGCUGCUGGGAGCAGCACUGCUCAGUACUUGUCAAGGAUGGCGUGGGUGUGGGUGAGUCUGCUGCAAAAUUUGUAAAAGGCUGGCAUGAAGUAUUUAUCUUCAGCUUUGCCCUUGCAGGAGUCUCUUGCAUGGCUCAGGACUGCCCACUCCGAACACCAGAGGACUUCGUGUUUCCAUUGCUGCCCAAUGAAGAAUUGAGAGACAAAUACAGGCGCUACCUCUUUAGGGACUAUGUGGAGAGUCAUUACCAGCUCCAGCUGUGCCCUGGUGCAGACUGCCCCAUGGUUAUUCGGGUACAGGAGCCUAGAGCUCGCCGAGUACAGUGCAAUCGGUGCAACGAGGUGUUCUGUUUCAAGUGUCGUCAGAUGUAUCACGCCCCCACAGACUGCGCCACAAUCCGGAAAUGGCUCACGAAGUGUGCAGACGACUCUGAAACAGCCAACUACAUUAGUGCUCACACUAAAGACUGUCCCAAGUGCAACAUCUGCAUUGAGAAGAAUGGAGGCUGCAAUCACAUGCAAUGCUCCAAGUGUAAACACGACUUCUGCUGGAUGUGUCUAGGAGAUUGGAAGACCCAUGGCAGCGAGUACUAUGAGUGCAGUCGGUACAAGGAGAACCCCGACAUUGUCAACCAGAGCCAACAAGCGCAGGCCAGGGAGGCCCUCAAGAAGUACUUGUUCUACUUUGAGAGGUGGGAAAACCAUAACAAGAGCUUGCAGCUGGAGGCACAGACAUAUCAGCGGAUUCAUGAAAAGAUUCAGGAGAGAGUCAUGAAUAAUCUGGGGACGUGGAUCGACUGGCAGUACCUACAGAAUGCUGCCAAGCUCUUGGCCAAGUGCCGGUACACCUUGCAGUACACUUACCCGUACGCCUACUACAUGGAGUCUGGACCCAGGAAGAAGCUGUUUGAAUACCAGCAAGCUCAGCUGGAGGCUGAGAUCGAAAACCUGUCAUGGAAAGUGGAGCGUGCAGACAGCUAUGACAGAGGGGACUUAGAGAACCAGAUGCACAUAGCAGAGCAGCGGAGGAGAACCCUGCUGAAGGAUUUCCAUGACACCUAGAAUGGGACACAGACGCGCUGGAGUGAGGACGAUGUGGCUGUGAGGCCUCCCGGCUGCCGAACUGCAUGCUGCAGGCUCUGCCUUUCACCACCUCAGGCAACAGCCAGGGCCCCACUCCUGACAGACACUGGCCAUGCACCUGUUAGUCCAUUUCUGUUUUCUUCUCAUCUUUUCGCUUUUUGUUUCUACCAGGGCAGAGGCCAUGUUGAAUUGGUCUCUUUUCAGGACUUUUAAUUCCCCCUGGAUGGUUGUUGGGAGGGAGGGAAAGUUUUUUCUGAAUGACUAUUAAUAGUAUUAGAUCAUUACAACUUAUGUAAUUUUCAAAGGUUGUAUAAUUAUACAAAAAAGAAAGGGCAAACCAUAGAAUUACACAGAACCCUUUUUAAAAAUAAAUUGGCAUUGGAGUGUUUUACCCUCUAGCUAUCUUACUUAGAAUGUAACAUAUGCUGCCUGCCCAUCCUGCCUCAGAAUGUCUCCUGCAGGAGGACCCCAGGGUGGUCUCGGUUUUCCAGAUUCUCAUGGGUUUGGCCACAGCUGGUGUCUCGGGAAGAGUGUGGGUGGCGGACGGUGGGGAAUUUAGUUGGCCUGUGUAACGGGCAUGGGGCACUGGCAGUCACAUCAUGCCUCCUGCCUGGUCCUUGGGGGACCCUUCUGUGGUCGGGUGCACCUGCCUUACCUUCCAGGGAGGAGAUAAUACAGAAGGGGGCCUUGUCACAGGGUGUUAUUGUCUCCAAUGGCACUGUGUGUCUGUGGGCUCAUCUUUCUUCCAGGUUUACCCGGGUCUGGCCACUGAGGCCAGAGCCCACAGCAGAGCAUAGGUGGACUUGUGGCCCUCCAGACCAGGGGACAUGGGUUCAGCACAGUGUUUCCUUUUGUCUCCUAAAGAUAGAGAUCUACUUUUAAAGGGAAUUAUUCCCCAGAAUAAAUUUGUUUUACCUUGGUCCCUUCUUUUGUGCCAGUGUUCCAGUAAUAUAACUAACUAGGUUCACACACAGCUGUCCAUACCUGACACUGUCCUGCUACACUGUUCUCUGGUGAACUUCAGGGUCAGAGUUCAGCAUGGCCCUCCCAAGGGCACAGGUCUUCCGGACUCAGGGGCCUUCUUUGCACAAGUGGUUUUCAUGUUAUCAGGAGUGUGUUCUCCUCCAGAGUGGCUGCUCUGGGGUCUGGAAGUCUGAGGCCAGGAGGGUCCUGGGUUUGCGGUUCCAGCUACUAUGCUAGAAGGGCUGGCCAGGGGAGAGGGCCAGCUUUUGCACAGUUGAGUGCAAAGGAACAGGUGGUUGGUGUGGUGUCCUGCCUGUCCUAAACCUGGUCCUGUGUGCCUUUUAAAAGUUACAUCUGUGAUUCCUGGGGUUUUGUGGCUUUGUUCACUGCCUCCACUCUGAGGCUGGCAGAGCUGUCUAUACUGGACAGGGCCUCCUUCACCUCCUGGAGGAGUUGCUUGGGACAUUUGUGAAUAUUACGGUGGAAGUUCUUUGAUACUCAGACAUUCUCACCUCAGUCAGCAAUUUCCCAGGGACCAUGUUAGCUGUAAACUGAAUCACUCUUGAAGUCAGAGGACAGCUGUGAUUCUUGGGAUCAUGGGGUACACAGCUGGCUGCAGGCUCCCUGUCUCCCCCAGCCCCAACCCAGGCUUUGUCUUUUCCUGUCACCUGCAAGGGAGGGACUGUGAGGUAGAGUGGGAGAACAAGUUAGGAGUGCAGCACAUGAGCCCAGAAUUGAACGGCGGGGAGCUCACUGAAGGAGGAGCCUGCCUGCUGCAGGACCUAGGGGUCUGUGUCAAUGCUGCAUUGACGCGUGGAAGAUCCUGGCGUCUGGAGCCCUUACCUCUCCAUUAGUCCUUUCCGUGUCACCGCCAUGGCAGGGGUGCUGCAACUCUGCACCUUAAGGCACACCCUGGGCAUCCUGGGCAGUUCUUGGACUGCACGGCUACCACGUGGUACACUUGUACCCAGCUGUGGCCCCAACCACUGGAGCUGCAGGAGGUUCUGUGCCCCCAGGGGCUGUCCUUCGGUAACAUCAGGAAGAUGGGAAAGGUCAGGCAGAAUUGUUCUGCCCUACAAAGGAUAGAAGAUAAUGGAAGGCACAGUGUUUUCAUGAAUUUACCAUAAUAUCUUUGUUUUCUUCAAAGAAAAAGUUGAGGCAACAUCCUCUGCUCAAUGUUGAGUGGUUUAUUCAAAAUAAACAAAGUUUCUGAUUA